GAUGCUGAUUCAUUUAAAAAUUUCUUUAGAAUGAGCAAAGAAAAAUUCGAUUUUCUAUUGAAUUUAAUCGAAAAAGAUAUAGAAAGAGCUGAAUUGCCAAUGCAAAACACAAUAUCAGCAAAACAUAGGUUAGAAAUAACAUUACGAUUCCUGGCUACCGGUGAGUCUUUUCGUUCACUGAUGUUCAGUACGAGGGUUCAUGAGAGCAGUAUAUCUCGAUUUGUACCCGAGGUGUGUAGGGCAAUACACAAACAGUUGAGAAUCAACCAUUUGAAGAUGCCCUCGACUACAGAAGAGUGGAUGUCGAUAUCUGAAGGCUUCAACAAUCUAUGGCAAUUUCCCCAUUGCUUAGGAGCUUUAGAUGGAAGACAUAUAACAUUUAGAGCUCCAAAAUCAGAAGGCUCCUAUCACCAUAAUUAUAAAGGAAGUGAGAGCAUUGUCCUUCUUGCCUUGGUCGAUGCUCGCUACAGAUUCAUAUACGUAAACUUAGGUUGCAAUGGCCGCAUCAGUGAUGGUGGUGUUUUCCGGAACUCAAAGCUAUCAGAAAUAUUACAGAAAAAUUCUGCCAACCUCCCCAAAGAUCAAGCAUUGCUAGGAAGAUCAAAAGCAAUACCUUUUGUUGUUGUUGCUGAUGAUGCAUUUCCUUUAAAAACAAAUUUGAGUAAGCCUUUUCCUAUGAGAGGUUUGAGUCUGCAACAUAGAAGAUUCAAUUAUAGACUUUCAAGAGCACGUAGGGUGGUGGAAAAUGCCUUUGGAAUUUUGGCAAACCGGUUCAGAGUUCUUCUCAAUCCAAUCAGUUUGAACGUUGAAAAGGUUGAAGCGAUUUGUUUGGCUUGUGUUUGCCUCCACAAUUAUUUACUUGAAGACAUUCCUACUGAAAAUCGAGCCUGUAGUGACAUCACAGACAUUCCCAGAAUAGGUAUUCAGGCUGGCAAUAGAUCCUCGUCAGAUGCUAGAGCUGUGAGAGAAGAGCUCAGCGAAUAUUUCUCUGCACCAGAAGGACAAGUCGACUGGCAAGAUGAACAAAUCAAUAGUUUUAACUCAUGA